GGAGAAUUUCAGGCGCCGACCAAUGUAUCAGACUACGAGUCAAGACGAAUUAAUCUCUAACUUCAAAUCUAUUUUCAGUGGCACUUCUAGGACUCCCUUGUUUUGGAAGACACGAAGGGCGGAUGAACAAGUGGGACAAAGUACAUUCUUGUCUUCCCUCGUGACAUGGAACACAUUCAUCCCGUGCGAGCUACGCCAUUACGUCACUGGGCAAGGACCAGGUGGAAGAAUUGAAUUGGCGUUUAAUCCACCCCACCGACGGAAGCGCCGAACAGCAACAUUCAAUCCGGAAAACUAGGAAGGAUGACCAAUUCCCGCAUAGUCGAAAGUCCUUUGUACCCCAUCCAGCCAGAUGAGAAGAACCCAUACUACUGUCCUUGGUUCGACAAGUUCAGAGCUUUGCAGCCAUAUGCCCACAAAGCAGCGAUCCACCUAUCAUAAGCAGGCCCUAAAUAUCUCGAUACACACUUGAAACCAUACCGUUGUGGGGGCCCGGAAUGCGAGGGUCUUCCGUUUUUCCUCUGUGGGUGCAUUACUGUAAAUCGUCAUACGAAGGGAGUCGCAUUCGACGCCCCAACUUUUUUGCCCAUUCCGGGACUGUGACCGAGGCACGAUGGAGUUCCCUUGACGUCGCAAUCUGGAGGACCGUAUGAAAAGAAUUCAUGGUUACACGGAACCCGCCCCAUCUCCUCUGUGCGAUCCAGAAUCAACACCACCGUCUUCCGGGCACGUCCCCAAGCACUACUUCUACCCUGGAUAUGAGGCCUAAUUUGAUGAGGGCGAAGAAAGCCUGUAAUGUGUGCUGGCGCUCCAGAAUUCUCUGUCAAGGGGGACCACCUUGCGAACUCUGCGUCCGUAGGGAUGUUGUCUGCAACCUAUCCUCAGCUAUCGCCACCAUUCUCAACAGCACGGAGACGUCUACACCUAUAAGCCAUGAAGAUAAGUUAGAGUCUUCACAUACUUCUAAUUCCAGGAAAGGAGUGUCUUCUGGUCAAUCCAAGGAUGAUCCGACCGAUAUGGAAAGCUCUCUCAGUGGACGAUGCAAACUCGACAUUUUUCCUGGAUCGGAUUCUCGGCUGGAUUUUCGUCCGGGAAGCGAGAUUGCGAUUUUCUCACGCUGGGAUGACGAUCAUCGGCAACCCGUUCCAGUCGAUAUUCCGGAACAUUAUCCUACGUUUCGGGGUAAAGAUAUGUUGAACUUCGGUUCAUGUACGGCUUCUUCAGCCUCGAUGAUGGUGGAAUCCACGGUGCCUGGUGCCCAGAUAAUGGAGUUAAAUUUACGAUGUACGGGAUCCUUCAUAACGAGCCUUCCCUGGAUGUAUGAAAUGUUAUUGCGAUGUCCUGGAAUGCUUGUUCCGUCGUACGACGACGAAUUCAAUCAGAUAUCCGAGGCAGUUUGGAAACUCCAUGAUCUAGAGUUUCCAUUGAUCCAAACCCAGGUGGUCACAACUCAUCAACCGAUGUCUUUCCAAUCUUACCACAUUGCGUUAUAUCUACAAUGUCGCGAAAAAUAUGGGAACCCGUUUCAGAUGACAAACGGGACACUAGAGAGGUCUCGAAUCAAAGGCGCUCUUAUGCUCGUGGAGUGGUUACACCUUGCUAUGAUUACACAUACUGAGGCGGACGGUACAGAGGCGCAUUCUUCAUUGGUAUUUCGAUCUCUGACUGACCUGAUGCAAAAAGGGUGGGUCUUUUAAGAAAAUUGAGCGUCCAGUUUCUAUCUAUGUAUGCUUCGACUUGCCAGUCGUACCUGGA